UAAUAUGUAUAAAAGCAGCCUGACUAGUUGAGCUCCAAAGCCAUUUUAGAAGUUGCAGCAGAGGAAAUCUCCUGUGGUGUCCUGUCAGAACACUAUUGCUACAGUCUUCAGUUUAGUUCUUAAAAACUAAGCCAUGGAAUUUGGAGACCUCAUUAAAUACUUUCGUCCUGGGUACACACACUGGGCAUUGUACACCGGGAAGAAUAAAUCGGGACAAGAUACAGUUGUCGAGUUUACAGGUGAAAGUGGAUCAAACAGUAAAGCAGGAGCCACUGUGAGGGAAGGUCUGCUCCAGCCUGGUGGCGAAGUCGACAAUCGCUUGGAUUCGAAAUUCACACCAAAAUCUGAAGCAGAGAUGAGAGCAACUAUGAAAGAGAUUUUGAGUAAAGGCGCCGGACCAUAUGGAUUACUCAGCAACAACUGUGAGCACCUAGUCACAAGUAUUCGCUACGGGACUCCCAAAUCACUACAGGCAGAAAAUUUUAUCAGUUCGAAUGUCAAGUUACAUGCAAACGUUACCAACGAAAUUGCAGGCACAUUCGGUGCACCUUUCUAUCCACCACCACCAAACUGAAAAUUUCAAUCAGUUCUUUAAUCUGCAUUCCACUGCACUCACAUGUUAUUUUAUUUGUAGUGAAUGUUUUUUAUUCAAUCAUAUUAAAGUUGAUUUGGCUGCACUGUGUAAUAUGCACUGUGAAAAUAUCUUCAAUUUAACAAGAAAUAUGUUUUAGAAACAUAUUUAAACUUUUAUUUUCUUACUUUUAGAACAGGUUUUUUAUAUCACAUUGAGAGGUGUUUUUGUGACCCGCAAACAAUGUUCGCCAAAAUAAAAAUAUAAUUUCUGAAACACAUAGACAGAAAUGAAGUGGCACACUUCCAACAAUGCAAAAAACAUCCACAAUGCAAAAUGGUUUACUCGCACACACAGGAAUACAUUUGUGAGACUAAAACAAACACCUCUCUUAUAAUUUGUCAAAUAAAAUAAUCCAAAAUGCAGAACCACCACAAAAAUAAAUUGAUGACACUGAAAACAAUGUGAACAUGCACAAAAACACAAAUAAAUUUGGCUUAUAAACAAGACUGUAUGAGAUGACAUGUUCAUGUCGUGUAUUUGUACUCAUUAUGUAAUAAAACUGUUCAUUUCUGGUCA